AUGAGUAGUGAUGGUGAAGAAAAAUCUGAUUACGGCGCGCGAGUGACGAAGCGGCGAGUGCGCGUGCCCAUUGUUAUGGACGAUAAUUCAGACAUUUGCCGUGUUAACGUAAGCAUGCCGCCAUUUUGGCCUGAAAAGCCAUUAUUAUGGUUUAGUCAAAUUGAAAGUCAAUUUUGCAUAUCGAAAAUAAAAGAUGAUGAUAUAAAAUUUCACCUGCUUAUUACAAACUUGGACCGGAGAUAUAUAAGUGAUAUCGAAGAUUUAAUAACAUCGCCUCCAACGACCGGGAAGUAUGAAAAAUUAAAAAGCGAAAUUAUUAAACGGCUUUCCAUUUCAAAAGAAAAAAAAUUAAGACAACUACUCCAGGCCGAGGAGAUGGGCGAUCGCAAGCCAUCGCAGUUUCUUCGACAUCUACAGCAUCUCGCAGGCCCCAACAUACCGGAAGAUUUUCUUAGAUCAUUAUGGAUCGGUCGACUUCCAAGUAUUCUACAAACUAUCGUCGUGUCCCAGAUGAGUAUGCCCCUAAGCGAAGUAGCAGACUUGGCAGAUCGAGUACACGACAUCGCCCCAGCUUCACCCGUUGUUGCAGCCACAUCAUCUUCACAUGACAGGUUGGAACAGACUAUUGAGGCCAUGGCUCGACAAAUAUCAGAACUGAAGACGCAG